CCGGCAAUCACGCGCGACGUGAUGUCGUUGUCGUCAUGCGUUGCAUCGCAUACUGCGGCCCCGGCCCUCGCCGCCGCAGUCUGACGAUGUCCUGCGCGUCGUGGGCGCAGGUACUCAUCGUGCAUAUCAUCACCGGACUGGCAACACAAAGGCUGUGCACAGUGCCUUGGGGGAAGAUGGGUCGAUUCGCAAGUUCAUCAAUCAAGUGAUCGCCAUCAUCUGCCUGCGCGACAGAGAAUGAUUCGACGCUGUUUAGAUGUUCAGCAAUCGCCGAUGCAACCAGCGUCGAUUCUGGAGCGCCUGGAGCGCCGUAAUUCGAGGGCCUAUGAAUAGCAGGCGCUUGCCGAUUGGACCGCGGGGGGGCUGCGCUCUAGGUGUGCUCAAGUAAGCAUUUCUGCUGCACUCCAGGUUGCUACGCUUCCCCAGGAGCCCCGUGAGCUGUGUUGUGUCACUUCGAGACAGGAAGGUUCAAUGUCACACCGAGAUCUCAGUGGAUCUUACACCACGGAGAAAAGCAUCCGCGGUUUCCCCAAUCGGGAUACCUGACUCGUUUCGUCUGUGCUGGUUUCCAAAUUUGAGCUAUAAAGCAAGUGGCUUCUUCUCUGGAUUCCUUCAUUAUUUUCCUCCCUCACUCAUAGCCAGCGGAUGAGCUAUU